AUGGAGGGGAGAAAAUAUGAUAACUAUAAAUUGGGCUAUAUACCCUCUCUUUGUUCACUUACUUGUCACGCCAUCUUCUUCGAUUCUUUUAAAUUCAAUUUGUUAUCUCAGACCUGCCAAACUCUUCCCGACAAUGGCUUCCACGUCACGACCAAUCCUCCCAAUCUCCACCUCUCAAACUACUCCUACUUCAAAGUGAACUACCUCGCCGUCGCGACGGCGAUCGUCGGGUUCUCUUUGGUGACUCAUCCUUUCUCCCUCGCCUUCCUCCUCUGUCUCCUCGCUUCUUGGCUCUUCUUCUACCUCCUCCGUCCUUCCGAUCACCCCGUCGUCGUCUUUGGGCGUACGUUCUCUGAUAUGGAGACGCUUGGGUGCUUGAUCUUGUUUAGCGUCUUUGUGGUGUUUCUUACUGACGUUGGAUCCGUUCUUGUGUCGGCUGUGAUGGUCGGCGUCGCGUUGGUAUGUGCUCACGGCGCGUUUAGGGCUCCGGAAGAUUUGUUCUUGGAUGAGCAAGAGACGGCAGCUACUGGUUUUCUCUCUUUCCUCGGUAACGCCUCCUACUCCGCCGCGCCUGCCGUCGUUGCCGCUCGUGCCUAAGUAUAUAAUCUUGUUUUUAUUUCUUAUCUUUGCAUGUAAGUAUAUGUUUUACAACUUUUGUCUAAUCUUUAGCUUCUUCAACCUUUA